AAAUACAAGACAGCUUGCACACUUCUGCAAACCAGUCACACAGGACACAUUCUUACAGAACACUUAUGCACACAUGCUCACUAUUCACACCGAAAUACAUAUUUUGUAUUUGCCUUCAAUACACCUGCCACCAUGCAUCUUCUCAUACUGCUGAGUAGCUUCAUUGGUUCCAUCUCCUGUACUGAGUUUACAGCACCAUUCAACAUGGGUGGAGUCAUGGGUCAAGUCCAACUUGACUCCAUAAGCCAGACUGCUACAAUAAGUGUUUCUGGUGCCGGAUCAUGUGGUCCCUUAACCUUUUCCAUCACAGAGUUUCCAGUCAUGUAUGGGCACUUUCGUGAACCAUGCGUUGAGGCAAACAUUGGAUCUAGUGUUUUCACAUUUACUGCUGAUCCCGAAUCUGGUGCUAACGUUGAUUUGUCAAGUCUUUUUGAACAGCGCUCAUUCCUGGAUGACCUCUCAAUGUCUAUACAGACAUGUAACGACACUACUGUAUGCACAGUUAUAAGUCGCAAUGAGACGGUCUUGACAAGUCAGGCUAGGUUCACUGAAGAAAUCGCAGGCAAUGUUUAUAUCCGUCGCAACGAGGGAGAUACCAACUCACGGCUCCUGAUCGAUCUUGUUACAAAUGGUCAAGUCAAUGCAUCCUCGACCACCAUGACGCUGUUUAGCUCAGAAAGUUCAGCCACGAGCUGCAAUGUUCUCCUUGGUAGUUUAGAUGCCUCGGCUUUAAGAAAUCUGGGUGAAAUCACCAUUGGAACGCCUUUGCAACCUGGGAAAUCACGUCUGGAGAUAGAUAACUACAACACACUGACAACCUUUCUCAUCCUUGACCUGAAUUCGACCUUUUUAUGUGCUAAAAUUUAUCAAGUGCCAGAGAAACAAGUGAAUGCGACUUUUGAUAUGAAAGGGAUAGAUGGAUACAUCCGCUUCCGCCAGGCUUCCCCUUUUGACCAAACAGAAUUGCAGCUCAAUUUGAAUAACUUGCGGAGCAUGGUUGGCCCUUAUCAUGUCCACAAUUUCCCUGUUCCUUCAGGCAGAACUUCAGUGUCAAAUCUUUGUUCAAACGACAAUAUAGGUGGCCAUUGGAAUCCAUUUGGCAUUGAUACAAGCGCCCCAACAUACCCCACAGGGCCUGGAGAAACGCAUGACAUGUACGAGGUUGGCGACCUCAGUUCAAAGCAUAUGUCCCUUGCAUCCAAAGACACGGCGACUAUGACUUUCCGAGAUUUCAACCUCCCCCUUUUUGGACAAAACAGCAUUGUAGGUCGGUCAGUUUUGAUUCACCUAACAGACGGUGCCAGGUAUGUCUGCGCCAGUAUUGGCUAUCCUGGAGAAGUAAUUGUCGCCAGAGCCAGGUUUACGAGCCCAUUGGUAGGUGACAUGUGGUUUACACAGCUAAAGGACAACCCUCUUUCUGACGUCUCCACCUUUGUGGAUUUGUCGUAUGGAAACCCUGCAAUGGUUUCAACCAUGAAUCACAACUGGCAUAUCCACGUCUACCCCAUCAGCUCAGAGAGAGAUGAUGAUGAGAUGCGCUGUAGCACAACAGGAGGCCAUUGGAACCCUGCCGGAAUUGACACACAAGACAUCAGUUAUGCUCUCCAUUGUGGGCCAUCCACUCCUGUAGCCUGUGAAGUUGGGGACUUUGCCAAUAAACAUAGGGCCCUUGACCUCAGCGCCACAGUUGGUGGAGUGGAAUCCAAAAGUUUCUUCACGGAUGUCACUUCCUGGCUGCAAGGAACUGGCAUUAUUGGUCGUUCUGUGGUCGUACAUCAGCAGAACGGUGGAGGACCAAGGAUCGCGUGUGCAAAUAUUACAAUGGUGCGUGUAGUCACAGCACGCCUUGGAUCCUGGUUUGGCCCCACCGUCUCAACCGGAGGAAUUCAGUUUAACCGAGCUGUCCCAAAUGGCCCCACAAAAAUAACUGUGUCCUUGUCUAACUUGAACGCCAUGGCUGCUGGCUACCAUGUUCACGUCUUGCCCAUCAAACCAAACAGCACAGUACCCUGCUCAGCUGCAAACAUUGGGGGGCACUACAACCCACUGUCUGUCAACAUAUCACAGUCUCCUGCUCCUGGAAAUGGCACCGUUGACCAAUAUGAGAUAGGUGAUAUUAGUGGGAAAUUUGGGUUCCUGACUGACCUCAAUCAAUUACAGGAGAUGUAUAUAGACAGUAACCUACCAUUAACGGGGCCUCACAGCAUCGUGGGAAGAUCUGUGGUGGUUCACUACCCCAACGGCUCAAGAAAGCAAUGUGCUGACAUAAUUCCUGAAAGAAAUCCAGAUGGACUAUGGACCAUUGCCAGGGCUGUGUUUAGUGGCUCUUUGAAUGGGGAAGUCAGGCUGUUCCAGCAAACGUAUCCUGAUGGAAGUACCAGUGAUACCACUGUGGGGGUGAUACUACAAUCUGUAAAUUACACAGAGGCAUCUCUGUUCAUCACAAAUAAUUUCGUCAGCACCAUUGAAAACAGGCAGUGUAACCAGGCAGCCCAUAAUCCUUCUAACAUGACAUCAGGGAGUUCCAGUUGCUCUCUUGACUACCAACUUAGCUGUGUGACUGGGGAGUUCUCAGGAAGACAUGGCCCAGUCAGCCUAAGGAGGGAACAGCUCUAUACGGAUAGCAUCAUUCAGCUUUCUGGGGAUUUCACAGUGGUCAACAGAGCUAUGGUGCUGAAGGACGGCGAGGACAUCAUUGCAUGUGCCAAUAUUGUACCCAUAUCUCCCUCAGCAGAUCAAACUUUCCCCAUAGUUGCGAACUUCAGCAGAUACGCAUUCCGCAAUAGCAUUGCUAAUGUUGUGCGGAUGGAAACUGCAAGCGUGACCAUCUUGAACUCCUCCAUCACAAAUGAAGGACGAUGCCAGCGAGUAAGCUUCAUGAUAUCAGGGAAUGUCAGUGACAACCUUUUGGACUCUAUCAGAAACAGUGAGAUGAUGGGCAUAUUCCGAGAGUCAGAAGAAUGCAAUUCUGAUGAUGAUGGAAGUAGUAGCGCUGGUGAACUGCUGGGGCCCACAAACAUUCUGGUCAGCUUGAUGUUUCUUGCAAGCAGUCUAUAUUCUACAACAUGAGUAUCUUUGGCACCUACUGCCACAGAAGGCCUCUUCCUCUCCUCCAUUUGUAUGUUGUUAAACCGAAUGUGUUUGUGCAUCAUAACAUAUUGUGGCCACCUGACCCAGACGAGAUUUGUAUUGGAAAAAUUGCUCAUUCAACAAACCUCACCUUCCAAAGUGUAUCUCUGAUGUUUUUUUCCUUGCACUAUUGCAGUAUUUUCCACUGUUCAUUUGAACAUUCUUAUACUUCUUAAUGUAUGCACAAUACAUUUUUCUGCAAAAGUGUUUGUAUAUACUGUUUGUAGACUCAACUAAAUAAAAUACAAAGUUUGUA